AUGAAGAGAGAUUUAAAAACGGAGCGAGAAAUGUUUGCAGCCAAGUCGCAUAAGACAAAUUUUAGGGAAGAUGUGAGGCUAAAGAAAUCAUUGAUCGCUGUAGUUCCACCUUUGGCCACCGGAGGCGCUGCUGUCUUUGUUGUCAUUCUCAAACCAUCAGCUGAGAGGAUGUCAAACAUAACCAGCCCUCAGCGGUUUUCAGGAACCUUUGACCACUUUUACGAUGGGCAUUACGAGCCAGAUAUUAGCACCCAGAUGAAGGUGCCAAAGAGAAUACGUGUCACAGGUGAUAAUGAGGAUGACCCAACAGUUAACUGGGCUCGGUACAAUGGAGUUAACGAGAAGUUCGAAAUGAGUGUUCCAGAUCGAAUUGUUGUGGCAGGUGGAGAACAGCACAUAGGAACACGUGGAGUUCCCCGUGAAGUUGAGGUAGAAAAGUCGAUAAUGCCCACACCUGAUCCAGUUCAGUUCAGAGUACAGACCCCACCUCGCACAAUUACCCUCGACAGCUACAACUACCCUGGAGUCGAUGAUCUUUCUCCAACUGAGGACAAAGAAAGCAGUACCCCAGGGUCAGCACCUACCAUCCUCCCUCGCGGCUCCAACUCAGUCAUGCAUGCUGUCAGUGACCUGGAUCUUGGGCGUGACACAGGCACUCCUGGCAUAACAACAGACCUGAGCCCAAGCGAAGAGAUCUCUCUCCUCCGACGCCAGGUUGGGAGGCUAAACCGGCGGGUGAUGGCCCUAGAGCUGGACACACAGCAACGCGCACACCGGGAAAUGAUAAUGUAUACUCUUGGCGUUGCAUACUUCCUCAUCAAGGCCAUUCUCUGGAUCAACAGAAACUGAGCGACAGGAACAAGGGUUAAAAAGUCAUCAAUGGUAAUAAAGGUAAUAUUAAUUUUGGUGCUGCUGGAGGAAGUUUGAAGCUUUAGCUGUAGUUUAAAACUGCAGUUAGAGAUGCUGCGAGCAACAGCCAUUGCUUUGUCUUGUUCCUACAAGAUGAAUUAUAAUUUUCUGCAUUUGCUAUAUGAUUAUAAAACCAGUUGGAAUGGCAUCAUGUCUUAUAAUUGUUCCAGGCAGAAAUUAUUACAUGAGAGUGGCACUUGUAAGUCUUAUACCUAAACUUUUUAUUAUUAUUGUACAGCAAGCUAUGAUUGUGAUGAGCCUUUACUAGGCUAGUAAUGAUAUAAACAUCAUGAGUAUUUAGCUCAGCAAUAUUGUAAUCUUUUAAAAGGACACAAUGUAUAUUUUGCUUCACACUUUUUUAUGUAACAAACAGCUGGAAGUGCAGAAUAAGCUAAGGAAAUAUUGUAUGUAAUAUGCAUAGUUGAUAUAGCAAGAUGUAUCUGUAUUUUCCUUUGUUUUUCAUUUGAAGCAUUUGCAUAAAAACAUUUACCACAGUUUGUACUAUAUUUUCAAACAACAUGGUUCUUCCUCAUAUUGGCCAGUAAGUGACAAAUGGAUGCCAUUAGUAACAGAGAAAUACAGUAGGUUUUAUUACCUUGUAUAUUUUUUCAGUCAAGUGAUUUUUACAGAAUCAUUCUCUUCACUUUUAUGAUACAAUUUAUUCAAAUGAUGUGGAUGUAUGAUCUGUAGAUGAAUUGUGAGCACUCCCAGCGGUGUAUUCAUCCUGAGUCGUCGGGACCAAAGUUGGCAUCAGAAAAUCAAAAUAUGACUGAAAACAGUGCAUCAGUUGAUGUCAACAAAGCACCUCCAAACAUCCAGACAAGGGGAACACAGUAAGUUAUUAAGACUGUAAUGGAUAUCUCUAAUUUGGAAUAAGCCCAAGAGGCAUUUGACUGCUGCAGUACAACCCUUUCAAGGGAAAAAAAAGAGUGGUUAAGUGAAAUGUAAUCUUGAAGGACUGAUUUGGGGUUUUUUUUUCAAUUUUUUUCUCUCUCUUUCUGAUGCAAGUGGGUGGUUGUGAACUGAUUUCCUUCUUCACUAGUCAGUAUUUGUAUAACAUGUGUCUUGGUUCAGCUAAAGAUAUUGUUCAUAGGCAUAUGUCUCAAAAGUUCUAAGUGGUGUGAGAAGGAUUGCUCUUGCAUACCUCAGCCAGGUAUGAUGUCUUGAAUGUUUUGAUUGUUCUCAGGGGAAGCGCAUAUUUUCAAGCAUUUGCUAGUGUGGAACAGUGAGGGAUGAAUUUUAAGGAAUAACUUAAGCUCUUUAUAUUCAUUAAGUAUGAAUCUGAGCAAGAUACAUAAAAGACAGGUGAUGGGUAAUUUCCUAAAUGUUAUGAUAUGACUUUAUCCUACAUAAUAUUGCCUGUAUGUAGUUGUGUACAUUAAAAGGGAAAUAUGGAGAUCAAUUUACUUGAUUUAGUUUCUGUUGUCUUUUCUCACAAUUGACUGUUGGGCAUUAUACAAACAUACUGUCAAGAUUUAAGAAGAUGCUGUAGUGUUCAUGAUUUCCAUUUGGUAUACAUGGAACAUUUUUUUGAUUGGAUUGAACUUUGUCAGAUUCACAGCACCCAGAAACUAAAGAGCAUAUGGUGAAAUACUGUUCCAAAAGUUCAUACAUUUACCAUAUAUUUAAGACACAAGGUGACUCUGGCAUCUACAUGGUAACAGGCUUUCCAUUUUUAAAAAGGAGUAAAAGAUUAUUAUUUUAUAUAGGAAGGACCAAUGUGGUCUUGAGUUCCAUUAAUCCAAAUGCAUAAAAUAAAUCUGAUGAUUAGUUCUUCACUGAAAGCUAAAUUAAUGCUUUAGAGUAAAGGAGCUUGCCAAAGCUUGUAGCAUAUCUAAUAUUUGGAAAAUGGCAUUCAGUAAUAUGUAAUUUUUCAAGCCUAAAUCAAUUGACUUUGUGAAAGGGGUAUCUUCAAGGCUUUGGAAUACCUAAGGGUAUCAUUCCAUGCAAGCUACUUUUUACACCACAUUUGUGAAACGUCAGAGAUUGGGAGGAAAACAGUAGAUGAUCAUAAAUGUGGUAUCAUUGUUAUGUAAAUAGCCAUUGAAUUUUGAUGUGUAUAUACAAUAUUAGAUUCUAUUAAAUUUUGAAGCAGUGGCAGGUCCUGUGAAACAGAUGUUUAUAUUGUCUCUCCAUCUCACUCCUCAGUUUUAUAGUGGGCAAGGACAGUAUAGUUAUUUUUACAUAUUUAUGUGAGUUUACGGCAGUGUGUGAUAUUCUCAUUAAAGUUAAUUUUUCUUAAUUAUUUUUUAAGCAAGUUUUUUUUUCUGUUUAUGAUUAUUAAUGGUUUGUUUCACAAUAUUUUCAUAACAUUUCUUGUAGUAGUGGUACUAGUGAUAACAUUACCAUUAGUAUUAUUACUACUCAGGACUCUUUUUGUAACCACACUGCAACUGUUAAUAGUUACUUUUAAAGGAAAAUCCUACAGUGUGUUUAAACUGGUUUUUCAGUAUACUUUAGUUUUUCGUUGUAUGUCAAUGUGACAAUGUUUUUUGCUGUAUGAUUGUACUCCCCUUUCCAAUACUACUUAUACUGAGAUCACUGGUACAGAUAUAUGUACCAUUAUAACUACUAGCACAUUUCUGUGGAUCAUUUCAUGUUAUAUGAUUAUGAUUACACCACCAUUGCCUCCAAUUACUAUUAUAAUGGUGGUCUCGUUUUUCUUUCUUUCUUUCUUUCUUUUUUUCUUUUUUUCUUCAUUAUUAUGGAUACUCACAUCUCUCAAUUACCAUUAUGCUGCUCAUGGAUUCUUAUACAAUAUCUUAUUUUUACAGUAUUAUUACUUGAUAUAUAUUUUGAAAGGAAAGUAUGUUUUAACUAUGCAUCUGUUUGGUUUAGAAUUAAAGUAGUUUAUUUGCCUUCAUUUUUAGGAGUGUGUGUUCUAAAUGGUUUCUGUGUAUUACCACUAUCUCUGUUAUCAUUAUCUUUUUUUUUAUUGUUGUUGUUUGUUAACGUCAUUAUAAUUAGUAUUGCUGUUAUUAUUUCUGUGGAGAUGAUGACUAUUAUUGCUUUACAUAUGGUAAUUAAAUUUUCCUUUGACAGACAUAGCUGGGGUAUUGAUAAUAAGCAAAAAGCAUUCAUUUCAGAUAGUUCUCAGAUGUCUAGUCAAACCUUUGCGUGUGUGUGUGUGUAAUGGCUUUUUUGUGAUAUUAGAGAAGUUGAAAAAUAUUCACUAGGUUGCUUAAUUUAUUCAGUUUGAAAUGGUAUUCUGUGUUCUUCCAGCUAAGAACUGGUAACAUUGUCAUGAUAGUGAACGAGAGAAGUGUAUAUUGAUACUACAGUUUAUAUUGGCUGUAACCCAUGUGCAUUUUAAUAAAUCACAAUGUAAUAAAGAAUGGAUCAUUUU